ACACGACGCUCUUCCUUUAUAUUUGAUUAAAAUUUAAAUUAUAUAUCACCGGCCACGGCGGAGUCCAUUGUGGUCAGAGUAUUGCGUGCGCGGCCGAGCAGUGUACUUUUACUACUGCAAAUCUCCAUUCAAACCUCUCGAGGGCGAUGUUCUUGCUUGAUUCACGCCCAACAAAACAUAACGAGAGAGAUUCAAUUCAAAGUCCGGGCCCCAAAACCCACGAUAUGAAUCUUACAAAUGGAAGCUUGAUUUCUUUCUGUGAUAUUUCUUUUCAUAUUUUAAGAACCCAUUUCUUUGCUGGUUAUAAAUAUGAUUGUAUGCUUAUUCAAAUCUUCACUGGUUUCCUUAAAUCAAUCCAAUUUCCUUCUUCUUUUGCAGUUAAUAAUUUGCUCUCUUAGUUUUCUUGCUCGCUGGUCCAAGAGCAGCAACUCCACCUUCUAGGCUUCUGUAAUUUCAUCACCUGCCAUGGAGAAAAUCAUAGAUGAAAAUGAAGUGGAGCAGGUUAAGCUCCUUGCAGCAAUCAAUGAUGAUCAUGAAGGUGCUAUUGUAGAAUUGAGCGAGCCUAUGCACCCGGAAGACUUUGCUUCAAUGCUUAGAGCCUCAAUUGCUCAUUGGAGAAAGCAGGGUAAGAGGGGUGUUUGGAUCAAGGUGCCUAUUGAGCUAGUCAAUCUUGUUGAAGCUGCUGUGAAGGAAGGGUUCUGGUACCAUCAUGCAGAGCCAAAAUACUUGAUGCUUAUAUACUGGAUCCCAGAGGGCACUCAUACUCUUCCUGCAAAUGCCAGUCACCGAGUGGGUAUUGGUGCAUUUGUAAUGAAUGAAAAGAGAGAGGUACUAGUGGUCCAAGAAAAGAAUGGAAUACUCCGGGGGAAAGGUGUGUGGAAGUUCCCUACAGGAACUGUCGAUGAGGGAGAAGACAUCUGUGCAGCUGCAGUAAGAGAAGUUAAAGAAGAGACAGAUAUUGAUGCUGAAUUUGUAGAAGUAUUAGCAUUCAGGCAAAGCCACGGAGAAUUUUUUGACAAGUCAGAUUUAUGCUUCAUAUGCCUGCUACAACCCCUUUCCUUUGACAUCCAGAAGCAGGAGUCAGAGAUAGAUGCAGCCCAGUGGAUGCCAUUGGAUGAAUAUAGAGCCCAACCAUUUGUCCAGAAAAGUGAGCCUUUGAAGUACUUCUUUGAUCUAUGCUUGGCAAAGAUAGAUAAUAAAUAUUCCGGGUUUUCUCCGGUGCCUAACACAUCAAAUAUUCCAGAUGAAAAGGGUUACUUGUACGUAAACAGUCGAUACCUGAGCCCGCCAGUAAGGUCUGGUUAUCACUUACCAGCUUAGUCUGAAGAAUUAUACUCUGGAGAGAAUUCUAAUUCUGCUGUUUCAUUUUACACAAAACAAUAAAUGCUUUUAUUGUGAUUCAUUCUUUUUGAAAGAAAUAAAAUCUGUUAGUGUUAAUGCA